CCACCCCUCUUUCUUUCCAUAUCAUAACAGCAGUAUUUGUUGUGAAACAACUGAGCGUGUUUUAACAACUUUGUACAUUUGAACUUCUUUGUUUACAAGUUUACGCUUAAUAACUUUUAAACUUAUAUGAAUUUUUAAUUAAGCAUUAAAUUAUUUAUUUUCUGAUGGAUUACUUUAGAAUAAAUAAUUUACAGUUCAACCAGGACCAUGGUUGCUUUUCAUGUUCUAUGGAUUCUGGAGCCAGGAUUUACAACAUGGAACCUCUUAGGGAGCUUACACAUUUAGACUCUUCUACAGUAGGAAGUCUCACACUGUGUGAGAUGCUAUACCGUACUAAUAUUUUGGGUAUGGUUGGAGGAGGUAACAAGCAAAGGUUGGCUGAAAAUACAGUUCUUCUUUGGGAUGACUUAGGGCGAAAGUUUAUAUCAGAGUUUACAUUUUCUUCUCCUGUCUUAUCUAUGAGAAUUAGAAGAGAUAGGAUUUAUGUAGCCGAAGCAUUGCAGAUUCAUGUUUUUGCAUUUCCUGAUUUCACAAAUAAGCUUUCAACCUUUGAUACAGGAAAAAAUCCAAAAGGGCUUUGUGAAGUGAGUCCAUUUCCUAGUUCUGAACGUCAGUUGCUAAUAUUUCCUGGGCAUUAUCGAGGAAGUAUACAAAUAGUAGACUUAGCGGCAAAGAAUCCUGGACAGACAGUUGCACCAAUUAUAAUAAAUGCUCAUGACACAGAGAUUGUAUACAUAGCAAUGAACCAACAAGGUACAUUAGUUGCUACAGCAUCAAUGAGGGGUACGCUGAUACGAGUCUUCGACACAUUCAAGAAAACUCGACUUAUAGAGUUAAGACGAGGAUCCGAUACUGCUACUCUUUAUUGUAUAAAUUUCAGCAGUAAUUCUGAUUUACUAUGUGCAUCUAGUGAUAAAGGAACUGUACAUAUAUUUUCAUUAAAGGAAUCAGUGAAAAAUAGAAAGUCCAUGUUAUCAAAUGCCGCUAAAUUUAUUGGUCCAAUUGGGGCAUAUGCAGCAACUUCCCAAUGGUCUUUUGCUGCCUUCACUGUUACCCAAGAAUGCAAGUGUAUUUGUGCCUUUGGAUCAAAUUCAUCAAUAUAUGCUAUUUGUGUUGAUGGGACAUUUCAUAAAUAUGUUUACACAGAAACAGGAAGCUGUAAUAGGAAAUCAUAUGAUGUGUUUUUAGAUUUAUAUGAUGAAGAGGAAUUUUAAGCAUAGAACGGACAUUCACUCCAAACACUAGUUUGAAUUAUUCUGAAUGAUAUUUGUUGUAGACAUCAUUCAAAUUCAGUGCCUUGACAUAUUUUAUUUAAAGAGUAAAAUCAAAAUUAUGUAUAUUUUUGUUGUUGUGUAAAUGGCAUGUGACAAAUUAAAUUAAAAGCAAAGCUUAGCAUGCAUGUAUUGAUUCAUGCUUGUGUAAAAUGAUUGGUUUAAUAGUGAAUGCAGUUUAAUCUUCUAUGUUGUGAGUAAUUGUUUGUUAUCAUUACUGUGUGAAAAGUUAGGACAAUUUUUCCGUGUGUUUAUUGCGCGUCACAUUACAAUGUUUGAAUACAUAAUGGUUUUCUAGGCCAUUUUGUUAUUAAAAUUCAUAAAUGCUUAAAUUUUUCAUAUGUAGAACGAUUUUAAAAUAUAUUAAUUAUUUUAUUUUUGAGCAUUUGUUAACUCUGUAUUAUAAUUAUAACCAAAUAUAAAUUAUUUCUUCUUAAAAAUCUAAUUAAUAGCUGUUUUCAUCUUAUUGAUCUCUGAAUAAUAAAGUUUUAAAUAUUAAAACUUUUUCUCUAAAUACUAAUAUGUAUUUUUGAAAAUUCAUUUCCUAGAAAUGUAACUUCUAAAAAUUUGCUACUUUUCGUUACAAAUUUUGGACUUCUUUUAUGUUGAAGUAAAAAAAUCUAAUUUUUUUGCUUUAAUUCAGUUCAGUUUUGAUAUUUUAAUUUUGUUGAUUCAAGUGUAAUAAAACUUUUACCUUUUCUUUUACACAUAUCAUAGAAAUUUAAUAUUUCUUAUAAUUCUUUUGUGUAUUUUUUAACUAUUUAAACUUUUUGCCAAUUUUUUAUUGAAAAAUUCAGUUUUGAAACAAUUGAUUUAUAAAAAUAUGUCUUCAAGUAAUUGCAUUAGUUGGCAUGCAGGAAUGUUGGUAUUAUCAGCAUGUUUACGAAAUUUUGCAAAUAAGUGGAAAAAUAUUUAUUAUUAUUUAAUAUCUUUAAUUACAAUUUUUAUAUGGUUCUGGUUGAUGUUAAAUAUUCUGAUAUCUAGAGCUAAAUACAAAAAAAAAAGAAAAUCUUAAUUAUAUCAGAUCAUAUAAACUCAAUUUUAUCUAACAAAUUUUUUUUAAUUUCAACUUAUCAUUGUUUCUAUCAAUACCGUGAAAAGACAAAAUGAGGCCAUCAAAAUUCCUUGAUUUCUUUGCAUGCUGAUUAAUGUUAUGAUACUGUGUCUAAAUUGAAAUUAUCAUAUUAAAGUUAAAUAAUGCAGUAAUUUUGAACUAUAUAGUGUGCAUAUCUGUUGAGCUAUAUGCACAUUAGUGGAUUCCUUCGAAUAUGACUUUACAAAUAUGCACAUAUCUCAAUCGAUUUUCAUGAAAUAUGACUAAAUGUGAAAUCUGUAAAAUGAUUUUCUGAUCUUAGUAUAUAUUUGGGGCCAUUUAAUACUGAUAUAUUUUCUGAUGUCUGUAGAAAAAUUAGAUAUAUUAUUUUUCCUAUGCUACUUAAAUUAUAUUCAGUAAGCCAUUCCUAAGCUUAUUAAGAGAUGAAUAUUUAAAUAUAAAAUUUUAUUUAUUUUGCAAAACUGUAUAAAGUAAAUGAGUACAAUUCUUGUUUGGAAAUAUACUCCGCUUUUAUCAUCUAAUGCGCUUCAAGCGAUAAAAUAGAACAUUUGUAAAAAGGUAUGGCGUGUAAUUAAUGACAUUUCAUUGUAAAUUGCAUUUGGAAAGAGAUUUUACCUUUGUGUCUUACAGUACAAUACUAAGCCAAUGACUGUAUGUGUUAAAUAUGUCCUGUGUGGAUUUUUCUCUAUAUGUUUAUUUAUGGGAGUUGAAGCUUGUAAAGUUUAAGCCUGAUUUUGUUUGCUAAAAAAGCUAAUUUUUAAUAGCCGAUUUUGUUUGCUAUAAGAGUUAUAAAUUUUAUAUAUCUAUGUUUCUAGAUAUAUAUUGGAAUGAUGUAAGUGUGAGAAAUUUUUCCUAUCUACAAUCUUAGUGGGAAAUAUAUUCCAAAUCUCAGUUAUAUUUAAUAGAUUGUUGCUAAUUUAAUUUUAAUAAUUUAAAAUUUCUUUAUGAAUUUUUACAGUUUGUAAAAUAAAAUGGGUUACUUUACCUGUUCUCUUAUAGCAAGUUUUUCUCUUUUUUUUUAAAAUUAUAAAACAGUUACGAUUUAUUAAGCAGUUUCCUUUCAUUAAUAAUUAAUUUGAAGGUGCUAAAUAAUUUAGUACAGAUACAUUUAUGUUCAUGCUUUCAAUUAAAAAUCAUAACAUAACUGUGUAUUCAUAAUAUUUCAAUAUUUUUUCAGUUUUAUCUUUUUAAAUUCCAGAAAUUGAUUAAAUCUAUUUCUUUGCUGUGGGUCUAAAUUUAUUUAUAUGCAUAUUUAUGAAAUACAGUAGGGAACCGAUUAUGCGGAACGAUCGGGACCAUCGCUAUUCCGGAUAACUGAUUUUUCCGGUUUUCUGAAUCGCUACACAAAGCCGUUUUUUUUAUCGUUAAACCCAACUAAAAAAAUAUAUAUAUUUGGAAAUUAUCUUAAAAAGAAGAAAAAACGAUGAAGUAAUACACUAAUGAUUAUUUCUAAACUGAUGGUAAGGUAAACAUCUUUCAAAAAAGAAAGAAAAUUCCUAAAAUCUUAUGAAGAAAAAAACAUCUUUUUAAAAAAAAUCGCGGGAAAAUUUAUCGAAUUUCGUUCCGGUUUUUUGGUUUUCUGAUUUCCGGAUAACGUGUUUUGUACUGUAUUUCAAUUUUUUUUUCAGUUUUAUCUUUUUAAAUUCCAGAAAUUGAUUAAAUCUAUUUCUUUGCUGUGGGUCUAAAUUUAUUUAUAUGCAUAUUUAUGAAAUAUAAAGUCAUGAUAAUAUAAAAUAUUUAGACUCUUAGGUGCUGAGAUGUUUGUGUUGAAGUAUAUUUUCUGUGAUUGUUGGUAUAAUUUAUUAGUGAUACUUCAUUUUGUGAUAUGUUUCUGCAACCAAUAGCUCAUUGUAUAGUAUGUGCAUAAGAUCACACAAAACUGCCUCACUACAGAAUGUACAUAGUGUAAUUAAAUUAUUUAACUAAUUAAAAGAGGUUGGUUGUAAACUCAAACGUGUGGCAGAGUUCCUUAUUUUGUGGCAAUAACAAAGGGAGAUUUGUCUUGAAGAAAAUUAUAAGGCGUUUAUUUUUGCAGGGUUGCCAUUUUUAGGGAAUUUUUCUCUGGAAAAAUUUUAGACUAAUUUGUGAGUAAAACUAGUCCCAAAUAUUUUUGUUUUGAAAGGAAGCAUCAGGUUGUGUAUGUAAUUAAAUUGCUUUUUUGAUUGUGUGUGUUAGAAUACAAACGCAGAAUCUUACAAAAGAAAAUAUUUUAAAUUAAAAAAAAACCUCUCUAAUUGAUAAUUAUUAUUAAUUCCUUAAUUUAAAUUUAAUAACAGUGCAAGUUGGAUUUGUUUGUAAAGACUUGUUAGUGAGAUUUAAUUAAAUUAUUGGACUAACUUUUGUCUCAUUAUAGUUGUAGUAACAAUUAUUGGAAUAAUUUAGCAUAUCACUUUUGUUAAUAAUUAUAUACUAAAGACCUAAAAAAUAAAUAGGACAAUUGUUUUUAUUUGUUAUUGCUUUUAUAGACAAUUUCUUGUGAAUAAUUUGUUUUCUCAUUGCAAUUAAUUCCUUUUCUUCUAAGCAUUUCUCCAAUAAUCAAUAUAGUUAGCAUUAUCAACUCUGUUAAAUAACAUCUCUCCUUGUAUCCUUCUCAAAUUCUAGCUUUUUUUUCUUCAUUUUUACGAAUAAAAUUUUAUCUAAAAACUGUUCAGUUUUGUUUUAGUUCUUAGAAUAUUUGUGUGUAAGUUUAAGAAUCAUUUGUUAAAUGUAUAAUUAUAUUUUAAUUGCUUGAAUUGCUAGUCUUUAUUUAUAGUGUAAAGAUUUUUAAGUGGGAACAAUGGCAACCCUGUGGCUGGAGUUUUCUCAUUUUUUUGAGCUGGUUUUGUGUACCUUACUUAAUGAACAAUAUUUGUAAUUAUUUUAAAUGGUUAUUACUAUGUAAGUCAGUAUGGUUCUAAGCACAAAUGUUAGAUUAAAUCUGCCAAGAAAGUGUUUCAUGUGUACUGUACAAGUUUAUAUAUAUAUAUUUUUAAUAAAAUACUUCAUGUUA